AGGUAUGCACUGAUCAUCCGGAGUUGUCUUCAUGUUGAAAGCAUGGCAGAAGAUAUAAUUGACCUCACUAAUUUGCAGGAUAAUACCAGAUGCUCAGAAACAAGAUGGAAUAUAUGGGAAAAACACAGAACAUCAAACAUUGUACCUGAUGCAACUUUAAUGUUCAGAAGCCGGAGGUUCUUGCCAAAUGAAGACUUCAUAAUCACAGAUACAAGUAAUUUAAAACGGAUUCCACCACAGACUUUACUUAUAAAACUAAGAGGAGAGCUACUUUCAAGGAAAAAUUAUGUGCUUGUAUGGGAUGGGUAUGGUGUUUUUGACUGGAAUGCUUUAAAUUCCUUGAGCAAUUUGUACCAAAAAAAAAUUGUAUCAAAUGAAGUUGAAGAAGAAUUUCAAUGGAUAAGAAAAAAUGGUAUUAAUGAUUCCCAAGUUGAUGGUUAUAUGUUCAAAGUAUGGCACAAGUCCCAAUCCAACAAAGACAGAGAAUCUUUAUUGUGCAAGCGUCUACUUACAGAUGGGAUUAUUCAAGAGGUGCUUGACAUUUGCAACAAAACUAGCUCAACUCUAGAUAACAAAAGCCAGUUUCUCCUGCUAAACAACAUAGAUAAUUAUGUCAUCAAACCAGAAACAGAAGAAAUACACCUUGUUAUUAAUGUUACAAGAAGAAAAUCAACUGUUUAUGUGACUCCAUUGAUGGAAGAGGGGAGUCAUUGGACUUACCUCUAUAUAAAUCGCAAAUCCAAUUCUGCUGUUUAUAGUGAUUCACUUGGAUAGGCAUUUCCAACUGACCUUAAUCAAAAACUGUUAGAUAUAUCAAGCAAAUUUACAGGAAUAACAGUAAAAAUGUUGCACCAUCCAAAUAUAACACAGAGGCAACAUGCAUGUUCAACAAACUGCAGUAAAUUUGCACCAUUGCAGUCCUGUGGUAAUGUUUGUGGUGUGGCUUCACUGAUCCUUUGUAUUCUGUCCUUUGAGAAAACACUAUGGAAAGAAACUAUGGGUGUUGAAAGAUCCCAAAUGAAAAACUGGAACAUUUUAAACAUGAUAAGGGAUCCUACUGCUUAUUCAAACCAGCUGAGAAUGAUGCUUAUGUCAUGUAUUGAACUGGACAAAAUAUCAGUUGAUGUACUGUUUGACUUUUCUCAAAAUGGAAAUGCUACUCCAUUGAAAUAUGAAUAUAGUGUACUCCAACAUUGUGAAGAAAACAAAGGACAAGUCAAGCAUGAAUUGAAAGACUUCAUUACAGGUUCAUUGAAACGUAAAAAUGUUAGUGACCAUUAUGAUAAGAAAAAGAAAGCCAAAAAGACACCAGUGCAGGAAGUAAAUGGAAAACAAAACAUACAAUCAUUGAUAUAUAAAUUCCAAAAAGAAAGUAAAUCCCCACAAAAACCAGUUGGCUGUAAAUUGGUAAAUGAAAAUGAUAGUACAUGCAUAAAAAUGAAUGGACAUUCAAAAGAAUCUGAACCGAUUUUAAGAAAUAAUCAAGAAAAUUGUGUUAAUGAAAACAUAAAAACUACAGAAGAAAGACAAGAAAGUUUGAGUGGGACAGAGCAACACAUAAAUAGGAGUAAGAUAGUAAGUAAAGUGACAGAAAGUUUAAAUGAAGAGGAAAAAAAAUGUUAAAGGAAGUCUUGAAAGCCAAAAAUAGCAAGCGGAAACAAAAAACAGGGAAAAGUGAAAAGAAAAUUAAAGAGCAAACAAUCCAGUCGCUUUUUGAAAGACAGUCAGAUAAAGAACCAGCAUCAAAAUCAAGUUCUGACUCAAACUUGAAAACAUUUCCAGAUCAUGUCUAUACAUCUGGAUUGACAUUCAAAGGUCUUUCUAAAUGUUUUUACUUCAACAAUGGCAGGAACAUAGGAAAAAACGCCAAAAGAAAUGAUAACAGAAAUGAAAAUCCCUUACUCGAAGAAGAUGGUAAAACUGUUGGUUUGAAAAGAUUAACAAGAGGAAACAGAGAUUCAAAAAAAGAUUUAAUAAGUAAGGUCCUAGACUUUAUCAAGAAUAAUGGCCCUGUGAUAAAAACACAACAUGUUUGUAGCUAUUAUCAAACAUUAAUUAAGUCUAAUGCUAGAGCAAUGUCAAGUGAAUUCAUAGAAAAACUUGGGAAAUAUUCAGAGAUAAAACAGAUAUAUGUGAAUGGAACUGGCUACAUUAUAACUGGUGAAAAUCAACAUGUUUCACCUUUAAUUAAACAAUUAGAAGAGAUGAGCAGAAGCAAAGACCAGGAGAAUGUUAAACAUUUGAUUAAGAACAGAAUAAAAAAUACAUAUACAGGUGCAAUCAAAUCUUUAAAAGACCCUCAUGACAAACAAAUAUUGAAAGGCUUGAUGGCUAACAUUACCACUGCAGAAUUUAUGACACAAUUAGAGGGGAAAAAGAAUAAAUCUGGAUACAUGAACAGUAGGGAUACACUUGAUCUUAGAGUAAAGGAAUACCAAAAUAUUGAACAGACAUGUCUUUCCGUAAGGAAUGACAUGACAAAUCAGCAACAAGCAGCAUUCUAUAAACGGAUGAUUACAAGAAGAAAGACGAAAGAAUUGAAGACUGUGUUUGAAGGCAGGGGUAGGAUGUUAAAGUGUGAACAGUACCCUGAUCUUGCUGCUGUGCUGGAGUUCUGCUUUAGUGAAUAUAACCCUCGAAAUGCAAACGGUGGUUUGGAAAGUCAUCCACGUUUGACAGAUGGCAUUCUGUACAGAAGUUGUGAUAAUAGCAAAACAAUGAAGCAGGCGAGGGAAAUAAUAAUGGCAGUUGCCCCAGAGGGUUUUCAGAUUUCCCUGUCUUCAUGUUAUAACUACACAGAAAAUUAUCGCUCCAAUUCUCAUCAAGCUAUUCAGCACCAUGCCGGAAAAAAUAUAAAUGCAAAGAUUGCCUUGAAUGCACCACAAAGAACCGGAGUUCCCCAACUGGUUGUCAAUUUACAUUGGUCCUCUGCAAACGCUAACAUAAUUCUUGACAUGGCCUAUGAAAGGCAAGACUCAACCUUUGUGGAUUCGAAAGAUGCUAAGGCAAUUGUUUGUGCCAAUGUUGCCCCUGUCCAAAAACCAGGUAGAACAUGGAAAAAGAGGGUAUAUCUAGAUCAUGACUGGGAUCAAAGCAAAACAUUCGCCAUCACUCCAAUGACUCAUUUGAUUCUGCAGACAGAAAAACAGGUCCAAAUUACAUCUGGUGGAACUGUCAUCAGAACAAAACGAACAGGAAGGGGCAUUUCUAUUUUAAACUUGUCAUAUUUUGAGCCAGAAACUGCUUUCAAAACUCUGAAUGAAAUUUUCAUAAUGAUGAUUCACCCUGAAACGUCACAUUUCUUCAGAAACCCUGACAGUGGUGAAUUUAAGAAAGACUUUGUUUUCGUUGUGGACAAUGGACCAUCAACUGCUCCAAAUAAUUUGAUAGUAAAGAUGUGUCUCCUUCGACUUUUUCAUUUUUUGAAAUUACGCAGUCUUUGCCAGGUGUCUUAUGCUGAAUAUAAUAGCAAACGGAACCCUGUGGAGAGAGUUCAUGCCGAAGAAAAUAAAGCAUUGUCAAGACAUGGACCAUUUAAGGUUGAAACCAAGUUCAUAAAAGUUGGUUCGAAUGACCAUAAAAUUGUAAUGGAAAACAUGCUACAUGAGGUAUCUUCAUGUUUAAGAAGUGGUACUUUCAACAAUGAGAGCCUUAUUACUGUACGUGGCACGCAAUAGGAUUCUAAUGUAUUUUCUGAUGAGAAGGAAU